GCAAACAGGGACCCCUGUUAUUUGGGGCUUAAGGAUUUUCAAGUCCCAACAUAUGCAGUUUUCUUGCUAAUUUGGGUUCUACUGAAUUGGCUGUGUGUUCUUUGGUUGCCCUUUGACUUCUCUGGAUUUGAGUGCCUUAUUGUAAUGUAUUAAUAUUAAUGACGGGAGGAAGAAAGGCACAAGCUCUGAGAAACUGCAAAGGUGUGGGAUUGGGGUUACCAGAGGGUGCAGUGACAAUGGGGUAGGAGUGGGGUGCUAGUCACAAAGUUCAGAGUGGGGUGGUUGGAGGCAGCGUUGGAAAGGAGCAAGAAGGGUCAGGGUGGUGAUGGCGUCUUAGAGGAUCCCCAGGUUUUGGGAAAAGAUGGAUGUAUAGGUUACCACAACAGGACUAGACUAAUACAAGGGUUCAGUCUAUUGUGCCACGUUCUUCUAGGAGGAUAAACUCCGGAGCCAAUGAACUGGAGCCAAGUGGGAGAGUCCGCCUCUAAGGGAUUAAAGGGUCUCCUUUUACAAGUCGAUCUCGCCCUAUUCCUUUCGUUGAUUGGCUGAGAAUUCCAAUCCGUCGAGGAAGCGUAGCGUUGCGGCCAAUUGACGUGGCGUUACUAGGCGUGUCGCAUCACUGAGGCGGGAGCCAGGCCGCAAGCGAAUUUCCUGAUUGGUUGCGGUCUGCGGGUUGCUGGGGAGAGGCACGGAGAGGCGGGCGAGAGUCCUCAGGGCAGACGCUGAUUGGCUGAGGUGGGAGCAGCUUCCCUUCCGAUGAUUCGGCUCUUCUGGGCUCAGUCUCAGCGAAGCGUCUGCGGCCGUCGUUUGAGUCGUCGCUGCCGGUGCCACUGCCACCUCGCGGAUCAGGAGCCAGCGUUGUUCGCCCGACGCCUCGCUGCCGGUGGGAGGAAGCGAGAGGGAAGCCGCUUGCGGGUUUGUCGCCGCUGCUCGCCCACCGCCUGGGAGAGCCGAGCCCCGGCCCAGUCGGUCGCUUGCCACCGCUCGUAGCCGUUACCCGCGGGCCGCCACAGCCGCCGGCCGGGAGAGGCGCGCGCCAUGGCUUCUGGAGCCGAUUCAAAAGGUGAUGACCUAUCAACAGCCAUUCUCAAACAGAAGAACCGUCCCAAUCGGUUAAUUGUUGAUGAAGCCAUCAAUGAGGACAACAGUGUGGUGUCCUUGUCCCAGCCCAAGAUGGAUGAAUUGCAGUUGUUCCGAGGUGACACAGUGUUGCUGAAGGGAAAGAAGAGACGAGAAGCUGUUUGCAUCGUCCUUUCUGAUGACACUUGUUCUGAUGAGAAGAUUCGGAUGAAUAGAGUUGUUCGGAAUAACCUUCGUGUACGCCUAGGGGAUGUCAUCAGGCAGGACCAAGUUCUUGGAACCUGUCGAUGCAGGAAGCCUCCUGGUCUUCUCGGUGCAGAAAGCCUCCUGGUCAUGGGAAGACAUGCUUCAGGAUUGUCUUUAGGUUUUGGUUCUGCCUUCCUGGGACUUCAAAAUCCAUUUCUGCAGCUAUCUGUGCCAGGCCCUUUUGGACACCCAGUGCUUGGGCCCGAAGUGUGGUUGGUAAUAUGGAGUCUGCUUGUCAUCCUCAGCAUCCAGCCAUGCCCUGAUGUGAAGUACGGCAAACGUAUCCACGUGCUGCCCAUUGAUGACACGGUGGAAGGCAUUACUGGUAAUCUCUUUGAGGUAUACCUUAAGCCGUACUUCCUGGAAGCUUAUCGACCCAUUCGGAAAGGAGACAUUUUUCUUGUCCGUGGUGGGAUGCGUGCUGUGGAGUUCAAAGUGGUGGAAACAGAUCCUAGCCCUUAUUGCAUUGUUGCUCCAGACACAGUGAUCCACUGCGAAGGAGAGCCUAUCAAACGAGAGGAUGAGGAAGAGUCCUUGAAUGAAGUAGGGUAUGAUGACAUUGGUGGCUGCAGGAAGCAGCUAGCUCAGAUAAAGGAGAUGGUGGAACUGCCCCUGAGACAUCCUGCCCUCUUUAAGGCAAUUGGUGUGAAGCCUCCUAGAGGAAUCCUGCUUUACGGACCUCCUGGAACAGGAAAGACUCUGAUUGCUCGAGCUGUAGCAAAUGAGACUGGAGCCUUUUUCUUCUUGAUCAAUGGUCCUGAGAUCAUGAGCAAAUUGGCUGGUGAGUCUGAGAGCAACCUUCGUAAAGCCUUUGAGGAGGCUGAGAAGAAUGCUCCUGCCAUCAUCUUCAUUGAUGAGCUGGAUGCCAUCGCUCCCAAAAGAGAGAAAACUCAUGGUGAGGUGGAGCGGCGCAUCGUAUCACAGUUGUUGACCCUCAUGGAUGGCCUAAAGCAGAGAGCACAUGUGAUUGUCAUGGCAGCAACCAACAGACCCAACAGCAUUGACCCAGCUCUACGGCGAUUUGGUCGCUUUGACAGGGAGGUAGAUAUUGGAAUUCCUGAUGCUACGGGACGCUUAGAGAUUCUUCAGAUCCAUACCAAGAACAUGAAGCUGGCAGAUGAUGUGGACUUGGAACAGGUAGCCAAUGAGACUCACGGGCAUGUGGGUGCUGACUUAGCAGCCCUGUGCUCAGAGGCUGCUCUGCAAGCCAUCCGCAAGAAGAUGGAUCUCAUUGACCUAGAGGAUGAGACCAUUGAUGCCGAGGUCAUGAACUCUCUAGCAGUUACUAUGGAUGACUUCCGGUGGGCCUUGAGCCAGAGUAACCCAUCAGCACUGCGGGAAACCGUGGUAGAGGUGCCACAGGUAACCUGGGAAGACAUCGGGGGCCUAGAGGAUGUCAAACGUGAGCUUCAGGAGCUGGUCCAGUAUCCUGUGGAGCACCCAGACAAAUUCCUGAAGUUUGGCAUGACACCCUCCAAGGGAGUUCUGUUCUAUGGACCUCCUGGCUGUGGGAAAACUUUGUUGGCCAAAGCUAUUGCUAAUGAAUGCCAGGCCAACUUCAUCUCCAUCAAAGGUCCUGAGCUUCUCACCAUGUGGUUUGGGGAGUCUGAGGCCAAUGUCAGAGAAAUCUUUGACAAGGCCCGCCAAGCUGCCCCCUGUGUGCUAUUCUUUGAUGAGCUGGAUUCGAUUGCCAAGGCUCGUGGAGGUAACAUUGGAGAUGGUGGUGGGGCUGCUGACCGAGUCAUCAACCAGAUCCUGACAGAAAUGGAUGGCAUGUCCACAAAAAAAAAUGUGUUCAUCAUUGGCGCUACCAACCGGCCUGACAUCAUUGAUCCUGCCAUCCUCAGACCUGGCCGUCUUGAUCAGCUCAUCUACAUCCCACUUCCUGAUGAGAAGUCACGUGUUGCCAUCCUCAAGGCUAACCUGCGCAAGUCACCAGUUGCCAAGGAUGUGGACUUGGAGUUCCUGGCUAAAAUGACUAAUGGCUUCUCUGGAGCUGACCUUACAGAGAUUUGCCAGCGUGCUUGCAAGCUGGCCAUCCGUGAAUCCAUCGAAAGUGAGAUUAGGCGAGAACGAGAGAGGCAGACAAACCCAUCAGCAAUGGAGGUAGAAGAGGAUGAUCCAGUGCCUGAGAUCCGUCGAGAUCACUUUGAAGAAGCCAUGCGCUUUGCGCGCCGUUCUGUCAGUGACAAUGACAUUCGGAAGUAUGAGAUGUUCGCCCAAACCCUUCAGCAGAGUCGGGGCUUUGGCAGCUUCAGAUUCCCUUCAGGGAACCAGGGUGGAGCUGGCCCCAGUCAGGGCAGUGGAGGCGGCACAGGUGGCAGUGUAUACACAGAAGACAAUGACGAUGACCUGUAUGGCUAAGUGGUGGUGGCCAGCAUGCAAUGAGCUGGCCUGCCCGGACCUUGUUCCCUGGGGGUGGGGGCGCUUGCCCAGGAGAGGGACCAGGGGUGCGCCCACAGCCUGCUCCAUUCUUCAGUCUGAACAGUUCAGCUACAGUCUGACUCUGGACAGGGGGUUUCUGUUGCAAAAAUACAAAACAAAAGCGAAAAAAUAAAAGCGAUUUUCAUUUGGUAGGUGGAGAGUGAAUUACCAACAGGGAAUUGGGCCUUGGGCCUGUGCCAUUUCUGUUGUAGUUUGGGGCAGUGCAGGGGACCUGUGUGGGGUGUAAACCAAGGCGCUACCGCCACCUGCCACAGUAAAGCAUCUGCACUUGACUCAAUGCUGCCCGAGCCCUCCCUUCCCCCUAUCCAACCUGGGUAGACGGGUAGGGACCACAGUUACUGGGUAAACGUUUAUAUAGAGAGUAGGUUGAUUUAUUUUACAUGCUUUUGAGUUAAUGUUGGAAAACUAAUCACAAGCAGUUUCUAAACCAAAAAAUGACAUGUUGUAAAAGGACAAUAAACGUUGGGUCAAAAUGGAGCCUGA